AGUUUGCCGCUCGGCCCGAGGCCCGAGGCCGCCCGCGCACGGGGGCGGGCUGGCCCGCCGCGGCGGAGCCCUGGGCCGGGCCCUAUUCCCCGCCUCGCGCGCGUGACGCGCGCCUCGGGGGGGCGGCUUUGAGGGGCAGAUGGGCAACGUGCUCGCGGACUGCCAGAGGUAUGGCAUCCAGCAGUGCGAGCUCUGCUCCGAGGUGCACGCCGCCGCCGCACACCAGGACCGAUGGCCCCGUCGCCCAGAGGAGAGCUGCGACCAUGGAGGGGCAGACCGCGCCGGCCACCUUCGAGCGGCCCGCGCGCAACCCCUCGGCCGAGCUCUCGCCGCAGGGCAUGUCGGAGCACGACAUGCUCCAGCAGGCGCUGCGCCUGUCCAGGCGAGAAGCGCUGGUGGACAGGGCCCGCCGCGGCGGCCCGACGGCGUCGCGCGACCCCGGGGGCGCGCGCGGUCGCCGGGCGGAGGCCAGGGACGCCCGGGAGGAGCUCGCCUCCCCGGCCGCCAGCCUGGACGUCGACGGCACCAGGGGGGCGGACUCGGUCGCCAGGGCCGAGGAGGCAGCGGCCAGGCGUGCCGCCGCCGCCGCC